AUGCUUGUAGAACUGCGUGAUUGUUUUAAGGGGAGUACAGUCAUCCGGAUCAACGAACGCCAAGUCUUUAACGAACAGAAUGUCCACGAUGUUGGACCUGUCGUUCUCGUAGACCGGAAUUCGGGUAAAUCCGCUUUGCAUCACAUCGGACAUGGUGCAGAAGUCCAGCACUGCGUCUGAUGAAAGCAUGUAGCAAUCUGACAGCGGGGUAAGCACAUCCUCCACGGUUUUUGUCCUCAGCUCCAGGGCUCCCUGGAUGAUGUUUAGCUCCUCCUUGACCAGGUCAUGAUAAGGGUCGGUGACGCGCAACAUAGCCACCAACUUCUCCCUGGUGUAAAAGCUGCUGAUCUCUUGGUGCAGCAUGAUGUCCAGAAUCUUGGAGACCGGGUAGGCGAUGGGAAAGAACACGAGCAUCAGAAAGCGGGUGGCGCACAGAGUUUUGGAGGCGAUGGCGAGGCUAUGCCUGGACGCAACGGAGUGAGGUAAUAUUUCCCCGAUAAAGAAGAUCCCCAAAGUGCAUGAGGCCGUUGACAAGGCAGUCAUUCCUAAAAUCUGACACAUCCACACCACAAAACAGGUAUUUGUGAGGACGUUACCCAACACCACUGUGCAAAGGAUGUAGUUCCCAUGUUUACGCACGGAUUCUAUUUUCCCUGCGUAUUUCUGCUCUUUCUCCGUGCCACUGUUCUGCAAGACCCGGAGCUCCACUGGGUCAAGAGCCAGCAUGCUGAUGUUCAGCCCACUGCACAGGGCUGACAGCGCUAACAAAAGCACAGAGACCCCGGUCUGGAGCCAAACAUCUGGCUCCGGAGGUUUCUCCACCACAGCCAACCAGAAGUCUUUGGUCCUGAAGUGCUCCCAUUUCACUCCAUCAAAGGCGCACAUGGAGUAAUAUUUGAUCACCUCAUCUCUGCGCAAGUCUUUUACCAGCAGUUCAACCAGAACAGAGUUGUGACUUGAAGCGGAUCUAAAGGAGCCCAUGAGUUCUAUGUCGGAGCUCCGGGAGCUUUCAUCCUCACACAGUUUCUCAUCGGACCGGAGCCCCUUCCCCGCAUCCGCAGCGAUGCCGCUCGGUUCUUCUAUGAAGGCGAUCCACGGAGCGGCAGGUUUCCCGCUGAUAUUCCCGCUGUUGGGAUGCUCGGAGAAGUAAACCCUCAGCAUGAAGCGCGUCCCCUCUUUUGCUCUCAAAAUCCCGUCCUGCACGGACAGAUCCCCGCUCUGAGUGUCUUCGGGCCGAACGCCGAGCAGCGCAGCAACUGGAGCGGGCAGGGAUGAGAGAGAGAUGGUGAGGAAGAGGAGGGAGAGCCGGCGCGGAUGCAGGAUGCAGCAAUGAGCAUCCGCAGCAUCCACAGCCAUGGUGCUGAAUGAGCUGAAGGACGAGGGAGAAUUAGGUCACGUGGUGGGACGGAUGGAGCAGCUGAGAACCGCAGCUGGAGGGAAGCGACCAGGCUUCUUGAGGAGGACGCUGGUUCUUUUGGAUGUUAACACCCGCAGUCCGAUCAGAGUCCUCAACGACAACUUCUUAUCGUUGCAGCUGGACCCCGCGAUCAUCAGAGACGGCUGGCUGGACUUUCUGAGCUCCAGACGGCUCGUGACCUUGGCGCGCGGCCUGUCUCCUGCGUUUCUGCGCUUCGGCGGAAAACGAACCGACUUCCUGCAGUUCAACAACCAGAAGAACCUUGCCAAGUUCAGGGGCCCCGGUCCAGACUACUACCUGAAGAACUACGAGGACGAUAUAGUGCGUAGUGAUAUUGCACUGGACAAACAAAAAGGCUGCAAACUGGCCCACCAUCCUGACAUCAUGCUGGAGCUGCAGAGGGAGAAGGCAGCCACCACACAGCUCGUCCUACUGAAGGAGCAGCUGUCCAACAUCUACAGCAACAUAACAAUAACAGCCAGGUCUUUAGACAAACUGUACAACUUUGCCGACUGCGCUGGUCUGCACCUGAUCCUGGGGCUCAACGCGCUGCACAGAAACCCAGACAACUCCUGGAACACAUCCUCCACACUGAGCCUCCUGAAGUAUGGUGCUGGAAAGAAGUAUAACAUCUCCUGGGAGCUGGGCAACGAGCCUAAUGCCUACCGAAGCAUGGUGGGUCGUGCGGUCAACAGCACCCAGUUGGCUCAGGACUAUGCCAAGCUGCGGACCCUCCUGCAGUCUGUACGCUACUACAACCGAGCUCAUCUUUAUGGACCAAAUGCCGGACGACCCCGAAAGAAUGCUGUUGUCUUGCUGGAUGGGUUCAUGAAGAACAGCGGCUCAGUUAUAGAUGCAGUUACGUGGCAACAUUACUUCAUGGAUGGCAGAGUUAAAAAAGCAGAGGACUUCCUCAAGACUCGUCUUCUGGACACACUGACAGAACAGAUUACUAAAGUCACCAAGGUUGUUAACACACACACUCCAGGGAAGAAGGUGUGGCUGGGUGGACUUGCCCCAGCAUGGGCUGGAGGCAUCAACAAUCUCUCUGAGACCUUCGCUGCAAGCUUUUUGUGGAUAAACACGCUGGGUGUGGCUGCUGUUCAAGGCAUUGAUGUGGUUUUGCGGCACUCAUUCUUUGACUAUGGAUACGCACACCUUGUGGAUCAGCAUUUUAACCCUUUACCUGACUACUGGUUUUCUCUGGUCUUCAAGCGCCUUGUUGGUCCGAAGGUUUUAGCCGUCCGAGUAGCUGGACUGCAGAGGAAGCCCCAACCAGGGCGAGUCAUUCGGGACAAGCUACGAAUCUAUGCUCACUGUACAAGCUACUACAAUCCUAACUACAUGAGAGGAUCCAUAACAGUCUACAUAAUCAAUCUACAUCGGUCGAGGAAGAAAAUCAAGCUGGCAGGAACGUUACGGAACAGGACCGUCCAUCAAUACCUUCUGCAACCUCACGGCGAGGGUGGACUCAGAGCCAGACAUGUUCAACUAAAUGGCGAGAAGCUUCUUAUGGGUAAAGAUGAGACAUUCCCAGAGCUGAAGCCUAAGAUUCUACGGGCAGGAAGGACAAUAGCUAUGCCUCCAAUGACCAUAGGUUUUUAUGUCAUCAAAAACAUUAAUGCAUACGCUUGUCGGAGAUAACAAUGACUCUUCAUUCCCAAGGGCAGAACCUCCCUGAAUUCUCCGGAUUCAAAGCCUAAACGCCAUAUCAUCAGAGGUGAUGGUGUCGUCCUACAUAGGACACCUAAGCAGUGUAAGAGAGACACACCCAAAAUUCUCUAGCAGCGAACUAACACUGAGUUUGGUAUUUUAUCUGGAAUGUUUAAACCACUCUUCCCAGUUUCAGAUAAAGCUCACAUUCAGUCCUCUAUUCUAACCAAGACUUUCUCACUAUAUGAUGGACGUCACUGCUGGACACUUUUCUUUUUCACCAGCUGCUCCUCAAAAGCUGCAAGACUUUAUGUGAUAAGUUAUUGUUUUUCGACUGUGAUGGCAUUUUCAUUGUUUGGUGCACAAAAUGGCAAAAUUAUUCUAUUUCAGUGUCUUUUUUUCUGU